AUGCCAAAAGUGGAUGAGUCCAUUGUAGACAAAGCACUUUGUGCAGUUGACCAGUAUGCCUACCGAUUGCGCCACAGAUUACAAAAUGGACCUACAGUUCUAGAUCUUCAAUCGACACUCACCUCAACAAUGCCUUUUCCAGCAAAGACCAUUAAAGCUACCAGAACCGAUGCUGAAGUAGAGGCGAAAUUGUGUGAAUUGAAAUUUGGCGUUCGACGCAUUUACGAGAAUGAAAUGAUACAUUAUACCCCAAAUAUCACUACCUUUGAAAAGAAAGGACCUCAAAAGCUUAUAAGAAUGACAAAAGUACGAUAUACCAUUGGAGACAAAAGUGGUUCCUUCGUCGUAAUGUCAUUAGAAAUGGACAAGGAAGUCACUUGUCAAGCCUUUUCCGACUCUUGA